AAUAACUUACUCUCUUUUUGUCAUCUUGUUGAUUGACGCUGUGAGAUCGGCUUCGGAACAUGUCGAUGACUUUGGAAACUGGACUACGCGUGGACUCACUGCCUGCAUGAGCAAUUAAAUUAUUAGUCCGAGUUGGAUUUCGAUACUGGCAGCAAGAUGAGAACCGUGGUAAAAAUUGACUUGACCAAGACGGCGAUGGAGGAGAGUCGAAAAAUUUUCCAUAAUCGGUACCACCCAGAAAUUCCCCCCGUGGACACGGUCAAGGCUGGAGAGGUGUUCAAAGUGGAGUGCUUUGACUUUUCAGGAGGACAAAUAAAGAACGAUGAUGACGCAGCCGACAUAAAGAACAUGGACCUCUCCGUGGCUCACAUCUUGUCCGGCCCUAUCGCCGUGGAAGGUGCGGAACCGGGGGAUGCCGUUGAGGUCGAGUUGUUGGACAUCCAACCAUUUCCGGAACGUGCUUGGGGUGUGACUGCGGUCCUAGACCCGAACAAUGGAGGGGGUGGAUUCCUCGGUGACGUUAUGAAAGGUCCAUGCAAAGCAAUUUGGGAUUUUGAAGGUAUUUACGCCUCAAGCCGACACAUUCCAGGCGUACGUUUUGUUGGGAUGAUCCACACGGGGAUCAUUGCCACAGCCCCAUCUCAUCAACUCUUGGCCGAGUGGAAUCGACGAGAGGGCGUCCUCAUUGCAUCCGCUCCCAACCACCAGCCCCCGCUCGCAUUUCCACCCUCAGCACAGGGGGCACUCGUGGGGGGUCUGGAAGGGACUCCCCUUGGGGAAAGGGUCAAGGUUGAGGGAGCACGCACUGCCCCCACGAGAGAACACGGGGGCAACUGCGAUAUCAAGAAUCUCAGCAGGGGAGCAAAAAUUUGGAUCCCCGUCUAUGUCCCUGGAGCAAACUUAAGCUUUGGUGACAUUCACUUUUCCCAGGGUGAUGGCGAAAUUGCUUUUUGCGGUGGGAUUGAAACCAGCGGGAUUGUGACGUGUCGAGUUCAGGUCAUAAAAAGGGGCGUAGAUCGAUUCGCAUUAAAAAAUCCAAUCUUUUUGCCUGGACCGGUGGAACCUCGGUACACAAAAUAUCUCACGUUCCAAGGAAUACCCGUCGAUCGGGGGAUUCAACACUUUCUGGACCCACGGGUAGCAUUUCGCCAAGCCUGCCUCAAUGCAGUGGCUUAUCUGCAGCGACUGGGCUACACUGCGGAGCAGGCGUAUCUCAUUCUCUCCGCUGCCCCCUGCGAAUCCAGAAUCAACAAUAUCGUCGAUGUCCCCAACUCGUGUUGCUCGAUUGGGAUUCCUGCAGAAAUUUUCGACUUUGAUAUUUUGCCACGAGCGGACGAACAUGUGAGAACGUUUGACAACAAAGCCCUUGCUACUCUUAGGUUCUGAACCUAUCUGCACAACUCGUAAGAAUGAGACAAAAUAAUUACAUAAUUUUCUUGCCACCAAAGAACCACAAACUAAUUCUUAGUUAAGUGAACAUUAUUUAUUUUCGUUUUUUUUCACUACCACGUAUCAACAACCAAUAAAUAUUUAAACUGUAUUACCUAAUGAUUAGUAACAAUAAAAAACAAAGUACCAAACGUA